AUGCGAUUAAAAAUGGCAAAAAAGAAAGCAUUCAUUCCUUUUUUUUAUUUUACAUCUAUAGUCUUUUUGCCCUGGUUGAUCUCUCUCUGCUGUAAUAAAAGUUUGAAAGCUGGGAUUACUAAUUGGUGGAAUAGUAGACAAUGCGAAACUUUUUUGAAUGAUAUUCAAGAAAAAAGUGUUCUAGAAAAAUUCAUACAAUUAGAGGAACUAUUCCAGCUGGAUGAAAUGAUAAAGGAAUACCCAGAAACCGAUUUACAACAAUUUCGUCUAGGAAUACACAAAGAAACGAUCCAAUUCAUCAAGAUACACAAUGAGUAUCGUAUCCAUACAAUCUUGCACUUCUCGACAAAUCUAAUAUCUUUCGUUAUUCUAAGUGGUUAUUCCUUUUGGGGUAAGGAAAAGCUUUUUAUUCUGAAUUCUUGGGUUCAAGAAUUCCUAUAUAAUUUAAAGAUUACUCGCUCCAUAUCUGUCUCACUCAUGAUAUAUAUAAUAACUAGGGCAUCCAUUUCAAGUGCAUAUCCGAUUUUUGCCCAGCAGAAUUAUGAAAAUCCACGCGAGGCAACCGGGCGUAUUGUAUGUGCCAAUUGCCAUUUAGCUAGUAAGCCUGUGGAUAUUGAGGUUCCACAAGCGGUACUUCCCGAUACUGUAUUUGAAGCAGUUGUUAAAAUUCCUUAUGAUAUGCAACUAAAACAAGUUCUAGCUAAUGGUAAAAAGGGAGCUUUGAAUGUGGGAGCUGUUCUUAUUUUACCCGAGGGGUUUGAAUUAGCCCCCCCCGAUCGUAUUUCACCCGAGAUGAAAGAAAAGAUAGGAAAUCUGUCUUUUCAGAAUUAUCGCCCCAAUAAAAAAAAUAUUCUUGUGAUAGGUCCUGUUCCUGGUCAAAAAUAUAGUGAAAUAACCUUUCCUAUUCUUGCCCCAGACCCUGCUACUAAUAAAGAUGUUCACUUCUUAAAAUAUCCUAUAUACGUAGGUGGAAACAGGGGAAGAGGUCAGAUUUAUCCUGAUGGUAGCAAAAGUAACAAUACAGUUUAUAAUGCUACGGCAGGAGGGAUAAUAAGCAAAAUUUUACGAAAAGAAAAAGGGGGAUACGAAAUAACCAUAGCGGAUGCAUCGAAUGAACGCCAAGUUAUUGAUAUUAUCCCUCGAGGCCUAGAACUUCUUGUUUCAGAGGGCGAAUCCAUUAAACUCGAUCAACCAUUAACGAGUAAUCCUAAUGUGGGUGGGUUUGGUCAGGGGGAUGCGGAAAUAGUACUUCAAGAUCCAUUACGUGUUCAAGGCCUUUUGUUUUUCUUAGGAUCGGUUGUUUUGGCACAAAUCUUUUUGGUUCUUAAAAAGAAACAGUUUGAGAAG